AUGCAUCCCCCCGAACCGCCGCCCGCCCACGCUACCACAUCCGCUUCUUCUACUUCCGCUAACACGCAGCCCACAACCAACAAAUUGCCUAAAAGCCGGUCAAUGGUGGUGUCGCUGACGCCACCAAGGGAGCGAGAGACAUGGGCGAAGAAGGCAGAGUUCUUGUUAGCUGUGGUAGGAUUCGCGGUAGAUUUGGGCAAUGUCUGGAGAUUUCCCUAUAUCUGUUACCAAAACGGAGGCGGUGCGUUUCUGAUUCCUUAUUGCGUGAUGCUGUUGUUCGGAGGUCUACCUCUCUUCUUUAUGGAGCUGGCUCUCGGUCAGUACCAUCGCUGCGGAUGUCUCACACUGUGGAAGAGGAUUUGCCCAGCUCUUAAGGGCGUGGGCUACGCAAUCUGCAUGAUAGACAUAUAUAUGGGUAUGUACUACAACACAAUCAUCGGUUGGGCUGUAUAUUACCUGAUUGCUUCUCUUGCCUCCAUCAAUUCCGAGCUACCCUGGACUAGCUGCGACAACGAGUGGAACACCCCUCUUUGCACACCCGUCACUUCCCCACUGGCGAAUAUCAGCUCUAGCACCCCCGCAAAGGAGUUCUUUGAACGCAACGUAUUGGAGCAACACCGGUCAAAUGGUCUGGAUGAUAUGGGUCCUAUCAAACCGUCUCUAGCUCUGUGUGUUUUUGGAGUUUUCGUCUUGGUCUACUUCUCACUAUGGAAAGGAGUGCGCAGUGCUGGAAAGGUGGUUUGGGUCACAGCUCUAGCACCAUACGUUGUUUUGCUAAUUCUACUCGCGAGAGGUGUGACUCUACCGGGAGCAACAGAAGGCAUUCGCUAUUAUCUUACUCCUGAGUGGCACAAACUACAAAAUUCUAAGGUGUGGAUAGAUGCAGCGUCUCAAAUCUUCUUCUCUCUGGGUCCUGGAUUCGGCACGCUUCUGGCUCUGUCAAGUUACAACAAAUUCAAUAAUAACUGUUAUAGGGACGCUAUCAUUACUUCAUCUAUCAACUGUCUUACAAGCUUUUUGGCAGGAUUCGUCAUCUUCUCAGUGUUGGGAUAUAUGGCACACGUUCAGAACAAAAGCAUUGAAGAUGUUGGUCUAGAGGGUCCGGGGCUAGUUUUCAUCGUAUACCCGGAGGCCAUCGCGACAAUGACAGGCUCCGUCUUCUGGGCUAUAAUAUUCUUCUUGAUGCUUAUCACACUAGGACUGGAUAGUACCUUUGGAGGUUUGGAAGCAGUAACAACUGCAUUAUGUGACGAAUACCCACGGGCAUUGGGAAGACAUCGCGAACUAUUUGUGGCCGGUCUACUGGUCUUCAUAUAUAUCUGUGCUCUGCCCACUACCACAUACGGCGGCGUAUACCUGGUGGACUUGCUGAAUGUAUACGGUCCAGGGCUGGCCAUACUCUUCGUGGUAUUCGCAGAGGCAGCCGGUGUAUGUUGGGUGUAUGGCGUGGACCGGUUUGCUGAUGACGUCAAAUCUAUGCUCGGACACAAGCCUGGCUGGUUCUGGCGCGCUUGCUGGGUUUACAUAAGCCCAGUGUUCCUGCUGGUGCUGUUCGUGUUCUCGGUAUUGUCUCACGCGGAGAUGCUAGGAGGGGAGUAUGUGUACCCACCUUGGUCCAUCUCCGUGGGCUGGGCUCUUACCGGUACAACUGUCUCAUUGAUACCACUCUACAUCCUUUACCUGUUCAUAAUCACACCCGGAUCUUUCUGUACGCGUCUGAAGACCAUCAAACGUCCGCUAGUGACAACCAUACCGCCGACCGAGCACGCACUGUGCUCGCUGUGACCGCAGACGCAAUGUGUCCCCAGCGAGCCCUCACUGAACUCGCCAUCACCAAACACACAUCUCUACUCUUUUCAUCCACACACAAAAGCCUGCACCAUCGAGUGGCUUGUCUAAAUCAUACCAUUCAAAAUCUCAUUGAGAUUUUUCUUUGUAUAAAUUAAUCAAAAUUGUAGGAACUUAUAUAAAAUUUGCAUAAUUUCAGUAAAAUAUAUAACUUUGUAUAACCGUAUGUGUGUUCCUACUUUUAGCAACUGUACUCUACUCUAUAGUAAAUUACAAUAAUCAUUUAUAGUGUAUGUGUAAAAUAAAUCGAGCGGGUUACAAAUAAGCUUUAAGCAAAAAUAUUAUUAUAUGGUUAGGCUCGUAUGUUAUCCAAACAACGAAAGAUUAUAUACUCUUAGUUGAUAUUACUUGUAAUAAAAAUACACAUUUCUCACGCAUUGUUUAAUCUAUAGAUUUAAUUAAUUGUACAUAGUUAGGUAAUAACGCUGUACAUUUGAAAUUAUUGCUGGACAGACUA